CCCAGGGGACGCUCCUUUUUGAACCCGUGGUUGCCAUGGAGAUGAGGAGGCUGAUUGCGUCCUAGUGAGGGCGGUGAUUGGUGCAGAACCCUACAAAUCCCGGGAAGGCCUGUAGAAAGCUGACCGGAAAAAAAAAAAAAUGUGAUGGGGGCAUGCGCGGUCUGGAAGGCGGUGCUAGAAUCCGUUGCCCCCGAGAGGAUUGUGCACGUCGACGGGGCCCUGACGCCUGGAUUCGAGACCGGGAGUGUGGGGAGAGACGUCCAGGAGUGCGAGCCGAUUAUUGCGACCAGCGCAAUCCCCUAGGGACGGGAAGAAGGGUAGAAACGGAGGCGGGGAUGGGGGAAGGGCAGAAGGGCUUGGAGCUAAGCGCAGAGCAGUCUGGGAAAUGUAGUUUGGUCUGGAGCAAGCGAACGGGAGUGCGCAUGUUCACGAACGCACAACCUCCCUCCGAGUACUGAAGGAAGGCUUGGAGCCCCUUCACCGCAAGGCCUUGGGAGGAGAGAGAGUAGAGUGGACUCUGGGAUUCCAGCUGUCCGGCUAGACCCAGGCGCAGGCAGAGGUCCAGGAACUCCCUGCAAGCCUGCCCGCCACAGGUCCCACGGCGACCGGACUCAUUGGCACCCUAAAGCGGUGAUGCUCGCUUAGACUUCUGGGAAAUGUAUUUCGGAACCUCCUCUACUUGCUUAGUAGCUAUUCCAAGUUUCUCGCAGGGUUUCGAGUUGACUUAGCACCCUAAAGACCAGGGGUGUAACCCACAGAAAUCAAGGUGCCUCUAAGUUGAUGCCACUCCAAUUAUAAAUUUAGAUUUUUACAAAGGCCCAGUUGCAGAAAGUAUCAUGGGAGAAGUCAGUCAUAUUUACAGGUGAAAAAACUAUAGCUCACAUAGGCACAGCAAAAGUAGUAUCCUUGUCUAAUGAUUUGGGAGCCUUGAAGGGUACCCAGAAGUUCCCCAGUUAUUUCCCAACCAACUAAAUUCGAGAACUGAAGACUUGUAUCGCUAUUAGAUGUAAUGAGUUAGCUUCAGGUAUUGGAGAUAUGGAAAAGUGUUUGCCUAAGAGAAGCUGAGAUGGGGAUUGGGUAGAGUAGGGCUGUCCUCUUGAUAUCACAUUGGGAAGGGAAUGUUGGGGCCCGAGAGAGGGACCAAGUCCAAGACUGGGUAGAAAACAUUAAGGGACUGUUAUUGGGAGUCCGGGGGAGGGGGGGGGGAGGAGGCAGCAGUGGUACUGAUUUCCGGAUGCAAGUAGAGAGGCAGCUAUAGAAAAGAAUAGGAUAUAGGGAAGAGAAAUGUUUCUAAGCUUAAGCAACAGCCUGUAUUUAGAACAGAGUAAGCUACCAGACACUAUAUAGGCCCUGCUAAAAUGAGGUCUACAAAGCAUGUGGUUCAUAUAGAGUUCCCACAGGUCUCUGAGGUGUGGCUGGUCUGUCAGUGCCUGUUCCCUCAGGUGUCCCCUUCACAGAGGUCCCAGGAUCAAAGGACACAGCAUAUGGUAGGCGCUCAGUAAGCAUUCACUGCCCCUGGCUGUCCAUAUUACACAUGCCUCGUACUGUGCCUUCCCUAGGGACAGGCACUGGCUUCAAAGACCUGAUCUGGUACUCCUGAUGAGACCCACUGUGCCGGGCUCCUCAGGCUUUGCACCCCCAGAAAAUGAGCCUGCUGUGGUGAAGCUGGAGGACUCUGACAAUGACGACGACGACGACGACGACGAUGAGAGAGAAGAUACAUUGUGGGACCCAGGCCCUGAGGCUGCGCGUCUACGAUUCCGGUGCUUCCGGUAUGAGGAUGCAGUGGGUCCUCAGGAAGCCCUGUCCCAGCUCCGAGAACUGUGUUACCAGUGGCUACGCCCAGAAGUACACUCCAAGGAACAGAUGCUGGAGCUCUUGGUGCUGGAGCAGUUCCUGGGUGCACUGCCUCCUGAGAUCCAGGCCCAUGUGCAAGGGCAGUGGCCAGGCAGCCCUGAAGAGGCUGCUGCCUUGGUUGACGGACUUCGAUGGGAGCUUGAUGGACCUCGGAAAUGGGUCACAGUCCAGGUGCAAGGCAAGGAGGUCCUAUCAGAAAAGAUGGAACCCUCCAGCUUCCAGCCAAGGCCUCACAUCAAGCUUCAGACUCCAGAGCCUGGGGCUGAGACUCCCCAAGGAGCCAUGCAGGAAUUGCCGCUGGACCUACAAAUGAAAGAAGAGACAGAGUUGAUGGAGAAUCCAGAGCUCCUGGAGUCUGGGCCUCUUCCUGCUGCUCAAGAGGCUACAGCCACUCUCCUAUCUAAGGCGGCUCAGAGCCAUGGGACAGCACUGGACCAGACCUCUCCUCACAGCAACACUGAGCCUGAUGUGCCCCCAUGGAGUGAGGACACUAUGCCCCUGUGGCAUGAGGAAGUAGGAGGCAUCUUUCCACCAGGGUUUACGCUGCAGAUGGACAGCAUCACGGCAGAGCCGGAUAUGAUGAGCCCCCACCUCCAUGUCCCCUGGGAUCUGGACAUGGCUAGCCUCUCUGGACAGAUAAAGUCUCCUACCAGGGAAGGUGGCUUUGCCCAUUCCCUCGUACUCCCCAGAGACCCAGGAAGUGAACAGGUCCCUGCCUGCGAGGAUCCCUGCCCCAGUGUGAGCCCAGCAUUGGUGGCGACUCGAUGGCAUGCUCCAAGGGGCCAGAGCCAGAGCCACCCUAGCACGGGGACUGGAACGAUUCGAGGCGGCCGCUGCGACGUGUGUGGCAAGGUGUUCAGCCAGCGAAGCAAUCUGCUGCGGCACCAGAAGAUCCACACAGGCGAGAGACCAUUCGUGUGUGGCGAGUGUGGCCGCAGCUUCAGCCGCAGCUCUCACCUGCUGCGACACCAGCUCACGCAUACUGAGGAACGGCCUUUCGUGUGCCGCGACUGUGGCCAGGGCUUCGUGCGCAGUGCCCGCCUGGAGGAGCACCGGCGUGUGCACACGGGCGAGCAGCCGUUCCGCUGCGCAGAGUGCGGCCAGAGCUUUCGGCAGCGCUCCAACCUACUGCAGCACCAGCGCAUCCACGGCGACCCGCCCGGUCCCGCGCCGCCCAUCCUGCCCCUCGCCGGAGUCCCCGAGCCCCCGGGCCCCUUCCCAUGCAGCGAGUGCUGUGAGAGCUUCCCACGACGCGCCGUGCUACUCGAGCACCAGGCGGUGCACACCCGGGACAAGUCCUUCGGAUGCGUGGAGUGCGGCGAGCGCUUCGGCCGCCGCUCCGUGCUCCUGCAGCACCGGCGCGUGCACAGCGGCGAACGGCCCUUCGCCUGUGCCGAGUGCGGCCAAAGCUUCCGGCAGCGCUCCAAUCUCACCCAGCACCGGCGCAUCCACACUGGCGAGCGGCCGUUCGUCUGCGCCCAGUGUGGCAAGGCCUUCCGCCAGCGGCCCACGCUCACACAGCAUCUGCGUGUGCACACGGGUGAGAAGCCCUUCGCGUGCCCCGAGUGCGGCCAGCGCUUCAGCCAGCGACUCAAGCUCACGCGCCACCAAAGGACCCAUACGGGCGAGAAGCCCUACCGCUGUGGUGAGUGCGGCCUCGGCUUCACGCAGGUGUCUCGGCUCACCGAGCACCAGCGCAUCCACACAGGUGAGCGGCCCUUCGCCUGUCCCGAAUGUGGCCAGAGCUUCCGGCAGCACGCCAACCUCAUCCAGCACCGGCGCAUCCAUACGGGCGAGCGGCCCUACGCGUGCCCCGAGUGUGGCAAGGCCUUUCGCCAGCGGCCCACGCUCACGCAGCACCUGCGCACCCACCGGCGUGAAAAGCCCUUCGCCUGCCAGGACUGUGGCCGCCGCUUCCACCAGAGCACCAAACUCAUCCAGCACCAGCACGUCCACAGCACUGAGUAGCUGUACAGCAUCGAGCUGUCAAAACACCUCACAGGGUUGUUGUGAGGCUGGCAUCGCCCAACAGGCCCCAGUUGAGCCUGGGCUUCAGUAGGUGCUCAACAAAUAGAUGAUACCUCCGCAACCUGCACGGUUCCUCUGCCCACUUUAUCACUGUUUUCAUGCCGGUAUAAGCUAUGCAUGCACGGCUUCCAGGGGAGGCUAUACAUCCCCUUCCACAGUAGCACUACCAAACCUGCUUUUUUGUGGGAUAUACUCUGCAGCAUACUUCUGGUUUAUACCGAGGGGAUACCCAGCCUCAGAUGGGGCAGAGUAGCCACAUUCACAAAGGAGGAAAGGGUUCUCUACAUCUGCCAUGGGUCUAGUCAAGAGAGAGGUCUACCAACUAUGUCACUGGUGGGUGACUGAAAAGGGUAGUCCAGCUAGCUGGGUGCAAUAGUACACACGUGUAACCCCAGCAUUCAGGAGGCUUAGACAGGAGGCUUGCAGAGAGUUUGAGUUCAGUCUGGGCGACACCAUAAGCUGUUAUUUCAAAAGUACACAUUAAUUAAUUAAAUGUGAUAGCAUACACAUGUGACCCCAGCAGUUGGGGGACAGAGAGACAAGAUAAUUGUCAAAAGUUCAAUAGGUAACAAGUUCCUGGAAAGCCAGAGUUACAUGGUGAGAACCUACCAAACAAACAAACAAAAAAAAAAAACUGCCAAAAACAAAAUACAAACAUGGUGGUGUGAUGGUGCAAGACUUGUAACUAUUCCAGCUAUUCAGGAGGGUGAGGUAAGUGAACUGCUAGCUAUUUUAAGGCCUGCUUGGGACCCAGGGCUUUGCAGUGGAAUGGUUCAGAGGUCAAGCCUCUUGUCAUCAAGCCUGAUGACCUGAAUUUGAUCCCUGGAACCACAUGCUGGAAGGAGACAACUGAUUCCUGAAAGUUGUUCUCUGAUCUCCACAACCUGUGUUUUCUGGGUUAUGUUUGCACAUACACAAGUAAAUAAAUGCGGAAAGAAAAAACUUUAAAAUGGA